AUGGCCAAUGAAAAUCCUUCCUUCAAUGAGGAUUCCCAGUUUCUUAAAUAUGACCGGCAAAUAAGAAUUUGGGGUAUCGAAGCGCAGAGAAAAAUAUCUUUCACUAGGGUUCUUUUGAUUGGCGCACUUUCGCCAACAGGAAACGAGGUGGCUAAGAAUCUCAUUCUUACAGGGAUCUCCCACUUGUACAUUUUGAGGGAGGAUGACAUGCCAUCAGAUUCGCAUAAAGUUUCCUCGUUUUUCUUGCACUCGAUGCCAGAAAAUGAUUUUAUUGAUAAAUACGAUUAUUUGAUCCGGCAAAUUCAGCCAUUAAAUCCUUCAGUUUCGAUUUCUGCCAUCUCAGAGCACGAAGAGGCCGUUGGUGCCGUAGAUUGCAUAAUCCACUGCAAUAAGAUUACCUCCAAUGCGGCAAAAAUACCGACUUUUGAUUUUUCUCAAGUACUUUCCAGUUUACAUUUACAAAUAGGCGUGCAAAUGGAACCGAUUUUCCCGAUCAAAAUCGAAUUGUGCCUUUUUCCAUUUAAGCGUUUCGGGAUCCAUCGGAUUCAUAUUUUCAGAUGCUGGCGAUCAAUUCAAGUAUCUUCAAACUUAAAUUUAUCCACUAGAUACGGUAGUGACCAGGAGAGUAUGCCAUAUAAUCCAAUUGAUAAAGUAACGCCAUCCCCUACGCUGGAUGCAAUUAGAAGGGAAAAGCUCUUGAAAUUCUCAAACGAUGCAUUGAGUGCAGCGGUGGCCUCGGUUAUUGGCGGUGCUGGAACGCAAGAUAUUCUACGUGUGAUCUCGAAAAAUGGCAUCUCCACGCCUGGAUUGUAUAUUUUUGACGGCGAGGAUUUUUCAAAUAAAUUAAUAAAUUGA